AUGCGCUUCUCAUUCGUCGCUCUCAUUGCGCUCGUCGCACCCGCCGUGUUCGCCGCCUCCAUCCCCUCCGCCGGCCAAGUCCAAGACGCCCUCUCGUCCGCCGCCGACCAAGUCGCGGACCAGCUCCGCUUCAACUUUGACGACGGCGACUCGUGCGGGUCGUUCAAGGUCCGCUGUGUCAGGAAGGACCAGAAGAAAGUCGUUGGAGACAUUGGCAAGAAGGAGUUCAUCAAGGAUGGCUUGACGUGCAAGCAGAAGCACGAGACGACCAACAAAGCCGAGUGCAACGCCAAGUACCCUGUCGACUGUGCGGCCAAGUGCGACGCCGUGGGCUCGCCUCUCUAA